CCUCUGACCGCUGCUAAAGGUGAGCAGCUGCAUGACUGUGCAUCAAUGUUGCGAUUGAUUUCAAGAUCCCUGUGCCUCGGCUGCCAACAUGUCACUGCUCUGCCUUUAAAACUCAGGCCAUGUGCAACGCUCAGCUCGACUGAGAACCAGCAGACCAUAGAGGCUCUUUAUGAUCUCUCGGUGGAUAUUCAGAAAGUCCGGCAACUUAAGGGCUGGGUGCUUUGUCAGAGCCCGUCUUACACUAAGCAGGUAGCCGGCCUGCUGGAGGACAUGGGGGCCUCUGGUCAAGUCGUUGCUCGAAUCUUAUCGAAUCAUCCCGAAGCUGUUCUUUGUAAUCCGGAGCACAUGCAGACUCAGAGGGAGCUGUGGAUGUCCGUGUGCCCGAGCGAGAGAGAGCUGGUCGGUAUCAUUGAGAAGUUCCCCGCUUCUUUCUUCACCUCCUGUAGCCACCAUGACAACCAGCGGGACAACAUCGCUUACUUCCACAGCCUAAACCUCAACAAAAGAAUCAUCACCAAACUGAUGGCCAGCGCUCCGCAGAGCUUCGGCCGGCCCGUCGAGCAGAACCAGCUGAUGGUCCGUACCCUCCAGCGUGCCUACCAGGAGCUCGGAGGAGAGGAGGCCAAUAUGAAAAUCUGGCUUCAGAAGUUGUUGAGUCAGAAUCCGUUUGUCCUUCUCAAGCCGCCAGAGGCGCUGAGGCAGAACCUGAUGUUCUUGAGAGACAAGGGCUUCAGCACAGCAGAGCUCCUUCGCCUCCUUUCUAAACUCAGGGGGUUUGUCACCGAGCUGAACCCGGACAGCAUGCGUCACACGCUGACUUUCUCCCAGGACGCCAUCGGCUGCUCUGAGGCCGAGCUGCGGGACAUCGUCCUCAAGUGUCCGGCUCUGCUUUACUACCCGGAAUCCACUCUGGCCGAGCGCUUUAAGGGCCUCCACAGUGCAGGGAUCAGCAUGUCUCAAAUCACCGAGACUCCAACAGUCCUCGAACUGACCACGCAGAUAGUGAAUUAUCGCAUCCAACAACUGAAGGCACGUGGCUAUGACGUGAAGACGGGUAGUCUAGAUGUGCUGAACGGCACCAAGAAGGACUUUGAGAAGAGCCUUGGGAAACUGCAACUGCGUAGAGAGAGACCACUUUUUAAUCCCGUUGCCCCUUUAAGAGCAGACGACUGACAAGUGCAGGUGGACUAAUGAAAGCAUGACUUAUAUUUAUAUGAUGUCUGUAUCAGAGCUAAUGCACGUGUGCCUUCAUGUAAAACAUUUCCUCUAUAAACAUAUGGUGCAUCUUGUCCGCGAAGUUGCUUAAACUUAAAACUCGAGCACAUCUCGAAGACGGUCUUACAAACUAACCUUGAAGAUUGUUGCUUUUAAUGUUGUUUCUUCUCAUGUGCUAAAAAAGUCGGUUUGUGCUCAACCCAAGGUGCAAAACAUUUGUACUUUUCUUUUUUUCCCUUGCCAGACUUGUCAGUGGUGUGGGUUGCAAAGUCAUCGAAAUCCAGUUAAAGAGCUAUUAAUGAGUCUUGUGACUGUUUGUGAACUUUGCUCCUUCGCCUGUCUCAAGCAUUCACGGGAGGUCCUAGGACAAAACCAUAAUUAGCUAUUAUAAACUGCUCCUAUAAUUACAGACAAUUAUGUUAAUCUUUCUUUGACUUAUUUGGUCCUGGCUGAACACUCAGUCUUCCUCACUGGGGUCGGACAGUGUUACACAGGUAAAGGGAGUUCACCUUUAUUACAAGUGUAAAUUCAUAUCAGAAGACAUUACGGUGACGGCAACGUAAUGAAUUCCUAGAUUUAUAUCAGAAAGACAAAUAUCCAGUCUGCCCUCACGUCUGACAGCUUUUGGAAGAGAGGCUGUCCUUCGUCUAGAAAAGAGAAAGGAAAUAUAUUGCAGCUCACUCGUAAGUUGCCUCAUUAGAAUAACUUCACAUAAAGCUCUGUUUGACAUAGCGUAAUGACAGAUGUGCCACGUCGUCUCUCAGAUGUAUUAUUGAGUAUAACUGAGGACGAACGAAGUUUUAAACCCAUUUUAUUUACAGCCAGAGUUUCAUUUUCACACAAUGUUCUUGGCGCUGCACAACUGCUCCCCUCAGGGAGGAAAUGUGGCCCAGAAUUUUAUUGUUAUUCCACAGAUGGAGACACUUUAUCAUGAGUUAUAUUUCACUAGAAAAUGUCACUUCAUUAUCACAUCAAAUGAAUUCAAACGUGCCAAUGUGAGGAGGUUUUAAAAAAAAAAUGAAGGAAGGAAAAGGAAGUUCCUUUGAUUUGGAUCUGAAGUGGUUUAUUUGAACUGUAAUCUUUGCUGCAAUCUUCAUUUUUAAGCAGUUUAAUUAUUUUAUGCAAAACUGGUUUCAAGUGACAAUCAAAUAUUUCUGAAAGUGACUGCUUUUAGGUCAGUGCUCAUUUAGUGAAAACCAAAAAAUCAAUUUACAAUCCCACUGUGCCUGGUCUGCAGCGAGAGGGCAUGGUUAAGAGUCUAGUGUCAGAUGUGUCGCAGUGUUUCAAAGCCAUCAGAAGCCCUUGAAACUUAAAUCGUAGCUUUUAAUGGGAGCAAGCAUCACAGCUAAUGAAGCCACGGCUUUACGCCUCAAGGUUCCCCCGCUUUCGCGAUGAGGUUCACGACAAAGACGGAGGAUGUGUGUCCAGAGUUGCGGGGUCGUACGUUAACAACUUCCACUUCCCAUCUGCUGCUGUCGGCAUCACUCACCAUGGUUCUGUAGUCAUGGCGAUAGCCAAUGGGCAGAUGAUGCAGAAACGGGUGCAUCUAGUAAUGAAUUUGUGCUCGGCAGAUGGAUGCCUGGGUCGAGUUCAUUUUUCCAACCAUUCGCAACAUGGAACCCCUGAGGGGCCGCAACAUUACCUCAAGUAAACUGCAGCUGACGUGUUGAAGGUUUCUAAUUUUCACUUGCAUUUGCUUGAACUCGUACUGCAGGGUUACAGUCUAUGCAUUUCAACCCUUACGAAGUAAUAAAUGCAAGGAGUUAAUCAGGAUGAGUCAAGGCAAGCCUCAGGUGUAUAAAUGCAAGUCACAUCUGCUUUUCAGCCAGUGUCCUCUUGUCCUCUUGUCGACAGCCGUGCCAGUCUGUGCGGAGCUCUUGAAUUACACAGACAAGCCAGAGAGGUUAAUACGAGAGAUUAUAAAUUAUCCUUUUUCAUUUCAAACCAGCCAUUGGUUGAUACUAGCCACACUUAACACGGUGCUUUUGUGGGUCAUAUCUCAGCAGAGAGGGGUGACAUCUGCAAUUAGAAGCCAUGAUAUCCUGCUGAGGCACAAGCAUGGGUGACCUUAUUUCCUGAUUUGUUGUCGCUGUGAGAUAAGCCUGGGAAUUUUUUAUUUAAAUGCAUAGACAUCUGUUAAUUUAGGGGCAAACUGAUCCAGUCUUCAACUUUUACUCUGACUCAAAGGAUAAAAUUAACGUGUGUUAAGCAGAAAACGAUGAGGUAAAUUAAUUUCAAAUGUUGAGUUUUGUUUUGUUGAUAUAUUUAUGUCACCCAUGCAUUUUAUGGCAUACAAAAAGA